ACAAGAAAUAAUUGACGCGAUAAAAAAUGAACCUUUGCUCGUAGUUAUCGGCGCAACAGGAUCUGGCAAAACAACACAGAUACCUCAGUACAUUUUAGAAAGUUUUCCAGAGUACAGGUUGAUCGGGGUAACUCAGCCUAGACGUAUAGCAGCGAUUACUGUAGCGAAUCGAGUAUCUGAAGAACAUGGAUCUAGAUUAGGCGAUGAUAUCGGAUAUUGUAUACGAUUUGACGAUUGUACAUCAUCAAGAACACGUUUGAAAUAUAUGACUGAUGGUGUCUUGUUGCGUGAGGCAACUAUUGAUCCGCGUUUAGAACAUUAUGAUGUUGUAAUUGUUGAUGAAGCUCACGAAAGGACAUUGGAAACUGAUGUCUUGUUUGGGUUAUUAAAAGAAACUCAUCGUUUACGUCCUGAAUUAAAGAUUCUCGUAAUGUCUGCCACUCUUAAUGUCGAAAAAUUUUCAGAUUUUUUUAACAGCUGUCCAAUAUUUAUCAUUCCUGGGAGAACUUAUGAUGUAGCAAUUAAUCAUCACCGUGAUGCAAAGAUUUCUAGCCUUAAAUCGACUUAUGUUCAACGUUCUGUAGAGACUGCCUUAUAUAUUCAUACUCAAGAACCUCCAGGUGAUAUUUUGGUCUUUUUGACCGGCCAGAAUGAAAUAGAAAAAGCUUGCAGAGACCUUGAAGCUUUAGAUCGGGACUUAAAUUAUAAAACUGAUGUUAAAUAUUGUGAUGAUGUAAGAGGCUUGGUGAUAUACCCUAUUUAUGCUUCAUUGGAGACUAUGGAACAAAAGGCUAUAUUUGAUGAACCACCCAGAUUUACCAGAAAGGUUGUAUUUGCAACUAACGUUGCUCAGACUUCUGUAACAAUACCUGAUAUCAAAUACGUUAUCGAUUCUGGAUUUGUGAAACAAAAGACUUAUGAUCCGACAACUGGAAUGGAUGCUCUUUUAGUUGUGCCUAUUUCCCAAGCUGCCGCCACUCAAAGAGCCGGACGUGCUGGUCGAACAGCUUCAGGCCAAGCUUUUAGACUUUAUAGUCGUGAGUCUUACGAACAGAUGGAUGAAGAUACCGUACCGGAGAUACAAAGGAGUAGUUUACUGGGUACAGUACUUAGUUUAAAGAAAAUGGGGAUCAAUGAUAUUAUUAAUUUUGAAUUUAUUGAUCCUCCUGAACCGGUCCUAGUAAAAAACGCUUUAAAACAACUCUUUUUGUUGGAAGCUAUAGACGAUACUGGAAAACUUACUUCGUUAGGCGGCGAAAUGUCGAUUUUUCCAUUGAGUCCUUUUUUAUCCAAGGCAUUAAUCGCGAGUGCAAGACAAUAUGGAUGUAGUCGAGAGGUUGUAAUAAUAGUGGCAAUGCUUUCAGUUGAGGAAAUAUUCGUAUCUCCAAGAAAUACUGAAAAGCAAUUGGAUGCUGAUGAAAAAAGAAAAGAGUUCUACCAUCUCUCAGGUGAUCACAUGAUGCUAUUGAACAUUUUUGAAAGGUAUCGAGAUAGUGGUUAUAGGCGUGAUUGGUGUAGAGAUAGAUACCUUAAUUAUCGAGCGUUAUCGAUGGCUAAAAGUGUUCGUGAUCAACUCAGAGAAUUGAUGGAAAAACAUGAUCUUCCAUUGAUUUCAUGUCGACUAAAAAAUUAUCAAGUCAAUGAUGAUGGUAAUAGACAGAGGAAAAAGCGAAGAAACUCUUAUCAAGAUGCUAAGUAUAAUGUUGAGAAAAUGCUUGAAUCAUUUUCUUCUUCUUAUUAUAUAAAUUUAGCGAAAAGGCAUCCACAUCGUCCGGUAUUUUAUCACUACGCAUCAGCCACCGGCCCUGGUAGUGAGAUUAUAGAUUCAAAUUCGUCAUUGUUAGCAUUACAUAUUUCUCCUACAUCCUCGUUACAUCCUGAUAAUAAAGUAGUUAAGGUUGAUGAUUUGGAUUGGGUAACUUAUCAUAGUGUUUUAUAUACGAAUAAGGCUCUAAUGAAAGUUGUUAGCAAGGUUAAACUAGAAUGGGUGCAAGAAAAACUCAAUUUAUUUAAAAAGCUAGCGACAGCAAAUUUGGAUGGGUCUUAUAGUAACAGUAAAAAUGAAAAUGUGUCUGAUAAUAUGAAUGAGGAUAACGCUGCAAGACAAAGAGCGUUGGUUAGGAAAUCUAUUACCAAUCAAGAUUGA